UUUCCCGGUUCUCUCUUCCCACCUUCCUCCUCCUCCUCCUCCUCCUCCACUUCUUCUUCUUCUCUCUCUCUUCCUCUAAGAAAUAACGUAACUUGAGUGUUUUUAGGAGCGAAGAUGACUAUAUCGAUGGAGUACUGCUACUCGAGCCGGGUGGUGGCCGGCUUCGUUCAGAAUCUGGCGCUCCUCGUGUCCUUUGCGGUGAGAUGGCUUCUCCUCCCCUGCUACUGCUGGUGGUCCGGCGACGAAGAAAGAGAAGCCGAGGACGCCAGAAGGGAGCAGCACCGCCGCCGGCGCCACCAGAUGGCAGCAGCGCAGGCGGUGAGGGAGAGCCUCCAGGUAGCAACGUACGGGGAGGUGGAGGGGGAGGCUGCAGCGGCGGCGAUGACGUGCGCGGUGUGCCUGAGCGAGGUGGGGAGGAAGGACCGGGUAUGGGAGCUGCGAAACUGCUCCCACGUCUUCCACAAGGCGUGCCUGGACCGAUGGCUGGACCACGACGAGCACCUCGCCUGCCCCCUCUGCCGGGCUCCUCUCCGGCCCGCCGCUUCCCCGCCGGCGCCGUCGGCGCCCAGCUGGGCCGUGGAGAGACUCCUCUACCUCUUCGGAGACGACCUCUUGUUUGCCCCUCCCUCGCCGUUGGAUGGCGUUAGCCACAGAUCUCAAGCAACCAAAAUCAUCCAUUCAUUCAGAUGCAUAGAUCUCAAAGCAACGAUUUCGCAAUCUAACGGUGGAUUCGCGCGAAGGAAGGUGAAUCCUUCUUUCGCACGAAAGAGACAACCCCUGUCCCUAAGUCCAUGGGAUGGAGAUGCGUGACGUCAUAUAGUAAUUUUAAUUGUUAUUGAAUGAAUGCUGUCGCAUCUAAGGUUGCGGUUGUGGAAUCUUUGCCUUGUCUCUGUUUGCUGUUUCCUCUUCAAAAGAGAGGGAUGUGGUAUUGAAACAAAAGGGAUGAUCGAAUGCCACUAUAAUGGCGGAUUGGGUUAAUGGUCUGCACCCCUUCACAUAAGAAGAGGUUCUAUUUUUAAA